AUGAAUCUAAAGGAUUCUUUAAGUCAGCUUCUGGAAAAACUGAUUCCUUGUCCGUGUUUCAAGUUGUGCAACACAGCCAUGCCAUCAUCCACAAUUCUCCAUGAUGGUGGAGAUGCCUUAGGAAGGCUGCUCCUAAUCUACCCUUGGACCCAGAGGUCUUCCAGUUAUUUUGGAAACCUGUCCAGUGCAGCUGCAAUUGCUCGAAAUACCAAGGUGCAGGCUCACGGCAAGAGGGUGCUGGGAGCUCUGGACAAAGCCUCUCACAACUUGGAUAACAUUAAGGCCACUUUCCACGAUUUCAGCAGCACCCAUGCCAAUCAGCUGCAUAUGGAUCCAGAGAACUUCAGGCGUUUUGGUGAAGUGUUUGUGAUUGUUCUGGCUGGAAAAUUAGGAUCCUCCUUCACUCCAUCAGUCCAGAAUGCUAUUCAGAAAUUCUUUGCCGUUUCUGUGGAUGCUUUUAUCCAAGGAUAUCACUAAACUAAAUGUACUCGCAGAUAAAACUGUGUGUUCAUAAUGAAACAACUAAUAAAAUGUGACUUCAAGUAAAA